UCACGGUAAAGCUCUCGGAACCGAGCAAAGUAAGAUUUUUCGUGUCUUACGGAAGAAGCUCUGCCGAUAUUAGGAGGUGUUUCCGGAUUUUGGGUGCAGGGCUAAAAAUGAGUGAGCUUCAGUGUCGGUAGGAAUUAAACUUUUUCCCGCAAGUCCUUAACUUUUAAAAUAUACUGGUUCAAAAGACAAAAAACAAAAGAACAGAAAAGAAAACUUACGGUGAAAAAUUUCAAUGAAAUGUUUUCUAUAACUAAAUAUUAUAAUAAAUAAUUAUUUUUUUUGUCUCAUUUGGUUUAUUUCUACAUUUUAAGAAUGCUUGAAAAUUCUGGUCUAUUUAACAUUACUUGUUAAAAAAAAAAAAUAUACUAAGGUUAGUCAGCAGGUAUUUGGUUUUUUUUUUUCGGUGAAACUUUAAAUUAAAUUUAUGCCCAUAAAUGUUCAAAAAAAUCCUGAACCAUUAAUCAAUCUGCAUUAAAAGACAACUUACUCACGCACGCGAUCCAUUCUCCGUCAAAAUGAUGCCCAAAGUUGGACUUCUAAUCAUCAGCGAGUGUUUGAUACUACUGUGUUUUAUACUGCUCCAAACCAACGUUUCAGGACAAAAAACCAAGAAGUACCCCAUUCAAUUGGACGACAUCAACAACGGAACGUUCGAUGACCUCUCAAAGGCUAGCCCGGACAGUUGCACGCGGAUUUGUGAUGACUCGCAACCCCCGAAAGUCUGUUAUUAUCGUUUCGUCGUAGAGUUCUACGUAACGUUAAGCCAUGCGUGUCAGAAGUGUCCGGGAAUCGAUCUGGAUUGCUUCCUGCCGAAAUGUUGUCAAGCUGACGGGUUUGAGAGAGGUAUCUUGACUGUCAACAGGCGAAUGCCGGGACCCUCUAUCCAAGUGUGCAAAGGCGAUACAAUCGUUGUUGAUGUGAAGAACAGCAUGCCUGGGAAAUCAUUGACCAUCCACUGGCACGGAAUCAACCAAUAUGGCACUCCACAUAUGGACGGUGUGCCCAUGAUCACCCAAUGCCCCAUCCUCCCGGGAACCAUUUUCCGUUACAAAUUCCUCGCUGACACUGAAGGCACUUACUUUUGGCACUCACAUGACGGUACCUCGAAGAUGGAUGGGCUGCUGGGGAGCCUGGUGGUUCGGCAGCCGAAGAAGAAGGACCCGAAUUGGGAGCUGUACGACGAUGAUCUGCCGAGUCACGUGAUCUUGUUCCAGGACUGGAUGCACCUCGACUCCGAUCAGCAUUUUCCGGGUCUCCGCCAACAUGACAUCGCCCAGUCCCCCGACAACUACCUCGUCAACGGGAGAGGCAACUAUCCGAAAUUAUUCGCGGCGACUAAUACGCCGUUCGCGCAGUUCGACGUGGCGCAGGGGCGGAGGUACCGCUUUCGGCUCAUCGCUGGGACGUGCCUCUCUUGCGCCUUUCAGGUGACCAUCGAGAAUCACCCGAUGCUUCUCAUCGCCACGGAGACCAGCGCUAUCGAGCCCGUCCAAAUCAACUCCGUCAACAUGUGGGCCGGUGACCGUUACGAUGUUGUUAUAAACGCUGACAAGCGACCGAAUGCCUAUUGGAUCUUCGUUCGGGGCCUGGGUCUUUGCAGUCAAGUGACCCAAGUUGCCGUGCUGAAGUACAAGUCAUGGCCUCUUCUUUUGCCGCUCACCAACCGCCCUCCAUUUUUUGGACUUGAUAGUGGAGUGGUUCUAGGUCCGGAUAAUUCGGCUUGUAAUUCGACCGCAGAAGGAAUUUGUGUGAGUAUGUUGCGUGCGAAGAAACCGAUGAACGAACAACUCCUCGCCAUUAACCCAACGAUGAGACUCCUCCUCACUUUCGGAUUUCACCUUCUGACCCUUGAUGAAGCGUUUUACCGGAAUAAAUAUCCAAGAUAUUUCACUCCACCAACGGGAACGCUGACGACAGCAUGGAUCAACAACAUUUCGAACAUUGAGCCGAUGGCGCCGCUCCUGACGCAGCUGGACGAUGUGCCACUGAAAAUGUUCUGCUCGCAAAAGUGCCUCUCACCCCCCGUCAACGCCACCCCUUGCUACUGCAUUAAUCUCAUCAAAGUCCCGCUUGGAGCCACUGUCGAGCUCAUCCUCAUCGAUCCUUCGCCUUUAAAUCUGAACUUAAAUCAUCCGAUGCAUUUCCACGGGUUCAACUUCCAUAUCCUGGCCCAAGGCAAGUUCAACCCAAACCAGGACUUGAACCCCCAGAUCAAGAGCCUCCAAAGAAAGCUCCUCGACGGAGCGUUCCUCAAGCCAAAUCCUCCCUUGAAAGAUGUGAUUAGCGUUCCUUCUUUCGGCUAUGUAGUUCUCAGGUUCCUUGCCGACAAUCCAGGUGUCUGGUUUUUCCACUGCCACUUCUUAUACCAUCACUUAAGUGGGAUGAGUGCCACUCUCCAAAUUGGCGAACCUGAAGACUUCCCACCAGCUCCGAAGAAAUUCCCAAGAUGUGGAGAUUUCCUGCCACCGAUAAGUGACAGUAAUAAUUACUGACCUAAACUAAUCAGGAUCAGAUUAGAUCCCACAUUUAGCGCAUUGCCUUUUCUCUUACAAAUUGCCACUGUAUUCACGGUAAAUUCAAUUUCAAUGAAACAUAUUUUCAAAGCGAAUAUUUUGGGAAAAAUCGAGUGGGUUUGGACUUAUUUCCAAAUUCACUCUUUGUACCCUUAAUUAGUGGUGAGAAGUAUUUAAGAAAGAGAAAAAAAUUAGAAUUAAACAUUUUUGAAAUUAAACGCAAUUCGCGAGUAAUAAGUAACAGGCAAGUAGGUAUAAAUUCUCAAGGCCCUCGGUGAUUAAAUAUUGUAAUGCUACUUUUCGCGAUCUUCGUAAGUAUAGCAUUGGUUUCUUCGGCCCCCUCUUUUUAGAUACAUUUUGCUUUCGCUGACUAUUUGCGUUUUGCCGGUUACCUCUGAAUUAUUUUUACCAUUUAUAAUUGUAGUUUUUGCUAUAAUAGUAUAUAGAUUAUACACGUGUAAAUACUUUUUUUGUUAACUAAAUGUUGUUUAUAAUUUUUCAAAAGAAUCUCUUCGAUGUUUGUAAAUAAGUAUGAUAAACAAAAAUAAAUGAAUCUCAGAAUAUGAAUAA